AUGACGACAGAGGCAGUUUACGAUCCACGAAUUCAGAAUGUCUCUAGAGUGCUCAUACCAUCAUCAAGGAUCACGAGCUGGUUGCAUUACGCGUUCACUGUCAGCCUGCCUCGUUCACCAGCCAAGUGCUGCGAGAGAUUAAGGGCGAUGAAGCCGAGAUCGAGCUGCUCCGUGAAUCAUGGGGCGCCGGCGGUGGCAGUGAUCCUGGCGGUGGUGUGGUGCUGCCUGAGCUCGGUGGCGAGGUCUCAGUCGAGCGACUCGUGCUCCGGGAGCCUCGCCGGAGUGGGCAAGCUGAUACCGUUCGACACCUCCAACCUCACCUGCCUCGACGCCUGGAGCAGCGAGAACUUCGUCGUCCGCUAUGCGAGCAGCGGGGGCACGUGGAGCUUCGUGCUGUCGGCGCCGGACAAGGGCGGGUACGUGGCGGUGGGGUUCUCGCCGGACGGGGCCAUGGUGGGGAGCAGCGCGGUGGCCGGGUGGAGCAGCGGCAACGGCGUGGGCGGCGUGGUGAAGCAGUACAAGCUCGGGGGGACGAGCUCCGGCAGCUGCCCGCCGGACCAGGGCAGCCUGACGCUGGUGGCGAAGAACACCCUCGUGGUGGCGCAGUCGUCGCGGAUCUACGUCGCGUUCCAGUUCACGGCGCCGCAGCCGACGCCGUACCUCAUCUACGCCGUCGGCCCGUCGAACACCAAGCCCUCCUCCGGCAACUACCUGGCGCAGCACCGGACCUACACCUCCGCCGCCGUCAACUACGUCGCCGGCACGACGUCGAGCGCCGGCGGGGGGUUCGACACGAAGAAGUGGCACGGCGCGAUGGCCGGCCUCGGCUGGGGCGUGCUGAUGCCGGUGGGCAUCGCGCUGGCGCGCUACUUCAAGAAGCACGACCCGUUCUGGUUCUACGCGCACAUCUCCGUGCAGGGCGUCGGCUUCGUGCUCGGCGUCGCCGGCAUCGUCGCCGGCUUCAAGCUCAGCGACGACGCCCCCGGCGCCGACACCCACAAGGCGCUCGGCAUCACCAUCCUCGUGUUCGGCUGCCUCCAGGUGCUCGCCUUCCUGGCGCGCCCGGACAAGUCGUCCAAGGUGAGGAGGUACUGGAACUGGUACCACCACUACGUCGGCCGCGCCGCCGUCGCCUGCGCCGCCGUCAACAUCUUCAUCGGCCUGCACAUCGCCCACGAGGGCAACGCCACCCGCGUCGCCUACGGCAUCUUCCUCGCCGUGCUGGCGCUCAUCGCCGUGUUCCUCGAGGUCAAGCUCUGGCGGCGGAGCCGGUGAUUGCCUUCCCCAUCCGCCGCCGGCGUGACGACCGUACGUAUGUACGAUAAUAUAUACGCGCGCUAUACGUACCGUAUUUGCGACACCGUAUGUAUGUACACGGAGACACGAUUUUUAGCGAUACGUACGCCGCGCGCUACGUGGGUAGCAUGCGCGUACGCGUACGUGUACGUGCUGUCUCUUUGGUAUUUUUAUUUUUAUUUUCAUUUUAUUAUUUUUCAUUUUUGGUAGGUGUUAUAUGAGCGUAGAUGCUCUCCGUGUGCAUGCAUGUUCGAGAUCACGUUUGCUUCAUGUAUUAUUGACUCACUGUAUUACAUUUAUUUGGUGAUAGAUCGAUAGAGACAUGCUAGUAUAUAUA